UAUACCUAGAGUACGCUACCAAUUGGCAUCUACCCAACCCAAACAUCGAUCUUAGAUCGAUAUCCUCUCCCGUUAUCCACGGUGUGCAAAAAUUCAAAGGGCUACAUGAUUGACAAGCUUACAGUAAUUUUAUUAGAUUAAAGAACUAGAUAUUGCGAAUUCAAAUAUAUUAAAAUAUGAUAUUAAAUCUGUGAAAAGUUGUAUCUUGGCAGAUGAUUGGAUAUAUUAUACACCUUUAGUAUAGGACAUCCAAGGUAAUUCACACUAGAAUAUCCGACAAGUUCGUACUGUCAGUGGUGACAUAAUGUAAUAAACAACAGAAUGAAAAUGGCAGACGACGCAGACGAACUGAUCGACGCUGGAGAAGACGUAAAAUUCAAAACCAGCACACCAAGAUCUUCAAAAUCUUCAGAAUUGCCCAACUUUACAGAUAUUAAGACAACAGGAAAACAAAAAAAUAAAGAACAUAAACCAGAAGAUAAGAAUUCGAAGACAUUGAAGAAUUCAACAAACACAAAAGAACAAGAACGAACUCAAGAAAAGGGUUUGAAAGAUAAAAAGGAAAGAAAGAAACGAAAACCAAGUAGUAAUGGAAGUGUCCAAGAGAAAGAUAAUACCGACGAGGAUGAAAGUGAGGAAGAGGAAACAGAAAUGACAAAGGAAGAAAAAGAGGACAUGUAUAAUGCAGUUAGGAAUGGCGAUUUCCUUACUCUUCACAAUUCACUGGAUAAAAAGAAUGCUGACAUCAACAUGACAUGGUAUAAAGAAAACCUAUUGAUGAUAGCAAUUAGAGCAGGACAAACAGCAAUGGCUGAGUUUCUGAUAGAUGUCGGAAUAAAUUACAACCAUAAAGCUAAAUAUUUUGAUUUAAAAGAAAAGGACAAAAAAGGUAAACGUAUAAGCUGUUAUGAAAGAAGUUGUCGAGAUCUAGCAUUUGACCUUGAAAAUGAACACAUCGUUGAGGUCAUUGAUGUUAAAAAUAAAAACGUGUUUCCCUUUGUGCGCGUGGAGCCGAGACAAACAUGGGAAAAACGACCUCCGCCCCCACCCUUGCCAAAACACCUUCUCCCACCCAAGGAAAUUGAGAGUGAAGAGGAAGAUAACAAUACAUCAGACGAUGAAUCGGAUUCAGGACAUCUUAGUGACAAAAAUAACGAAUCGUCUUUAACAGAUGUUCUUGACAAGCUCAAUGGUAAAGAUGAUGGCUAUGGAACAAUGUCUCCCUCUAUGUCGCCAUGUUUAGGAAAUUUUAAUCCCCAUGUGUAUGUACCCCCUGAAAAACCGGUAGUAAUGCAUAAACCGACAAAAGCGUCGAUGGCGUUGCAAACACACAACAGUCAAUUUUACCAAAGACGACUCGUCAGCAAGAGCGCUCCCUCGAUGCGCAAUGUACAAGUUGUUGGAAGUUACGCACACGAGAAAAAACAAUGGGAACUACGUCGUGAAAAAACAGAAAUGGAUGAUAAAAUAUCAGUUCAAAGUCUUCCAUUUUUUCUUACUCAUCCGUCAUCUGCCAGUAGCAGGCGGUCAUCGACUCAAACAACAGCGUCGUCACCUUUAGCAGAAGUGUCAAAGAUUUUAGGACAAUCACGAUUAUUAAAACGAGAAUCAGAGCGUCUUUCUACGCAAAGAAGUAAAACAAUUAUUCCUACAUUAAAGAUAAAUCAGUGGUGCCAUAACCAAAACAAUGUCUUUAAUAGACUUUCAAAAUCAGCAACCAACAAAAGGAUUAUGUCUUCUAAUUUCAGUGUUAGUCGCGAAUUCAUCAGACAUCAUCGGAGAUGAUAAAACAUCUGUCUUUUAAAUACAUUGGAGACUAUAUCUGCUUUCAUGUACUCUUACAUAUCCACGUUAAAGUGGAAAUCUCUUAAAAAAAAAUAUUUAGAAAAUAGUUGAUAUCAUGAAAUCUGGAUUUUAACAUUCAGUAGUCAAGUAUUAGUGUGUUAAUAGUAUCAAUUAUGACCGUGUUGUCAAAACACAAUAUCGUUACCAUUUAUUACAUGAUAUAUUACAUGAUAUAUUUUUGAAA